AUGCACUCCCCUGGGCCUACCUGCCGCCGACUGCUGUCUGUGCCGAGUGCCAUACGUAUGAGUAUGCUCUUGUUACGCCGACUGAUGAUCACGUCGGGUUUAAAUCUCGGAGGCCACACCUCGGCGGUCGUGGACUGGCCUGGCUUUGCACUAAAAGACGGUUUUGCGAACUGGGCUAUGCUGGAGGACGUCUUCCAAGGCACGCUCGUCACUGGUGGGCAGGCUACUGUCUAUGUACUGCGGGCAUUGCGGGAAUUGGAGAAUGAUAGGAAGGAGAAGAUAGCACACGUUGUGGCGACUUCACCGACCUGGCUGGCUUAUCUGCGCAGGUGGGUGGGAGAGGGAAAGCCGAAGGCGCUAGCUCGACGGCAGCAGUAUAUAGAAAAUAGGCUGCCAGAGAUGCUCGCCACGUGGUUCCGGUUAUCGAGGAUAUACAGUGGUAAAGGGAUGGUGAAGAGAAUAAUGAGAAGACAGAUGGAUCCCAACUCCCUCACCCCAGAGCUCAUAUUCCAGAAGAGGGUCAUUUUACGGAGGCAUAGACCCUAUCAGUUGGAUACGGCUAUGAUAGUAGGCAGGACUGACCCAGUGCAGGAUACUGUUACAUUUAUGAGGGAGAUCGUGCAGGGGACACGGCCUCAGUGGGAAGGCUCGGCUGGCCAGGCUCACAUUGAGAGUCCGGAGAUGCGGGCUGCAGAUGCUGCCUUGGCUGAUACUGAUGAUGAAGAUGAUAUGCUGUUGAGUUUAAAGGUGCCUAAGUGGAGCCAGAAGCUGGAAGAAGAGGACAAAGCUGCCCAUGAACGGUGGACUACUGCUGCUGCCUCUGCAAUGCAUUGCCCUCCCCUCACCUAUCUGCUCCCUACCAUCUCUUUGUCAACUCCUGAUAAGAGCACUAUUGAAGACGUUAAGGAGGCUAUCAUGAGUGCUAAGAGGGAUGACUUAUCCUAUAAGGAGAUACCAGGGGGCCUUUUUAUGCACGAGGAGGUUCCUGCGGUCAUAGCGGACCAGUUGGAUACACUGCAUGCCAGAGGAAGUCUUCCACCUCAAGAUGAGGAGGAGGAGGAGGAGUCCUGUGAUAUAGCUAGUGAUAAGGCUAGCACUGGGGCUGUCGUUUAUGGUGGUGCCUGUGUCCAGAGUGGUCUAUUGAAGAUGCGGUACUCUAGUGAGGUUGGCGAUACUGGGAGGGCAAUACCCCGUGGAGUGUAG